AUGUCUCGUUCAAGCACAGAUUCGUCGUCAUUAUCAUCGGCGGUAUCAGUAGAAGACGAGGCUGUCGCGGCGUCGAUAAAUCGAAAGGUCGGCAUCAAGAAAUAUUUCCAGCGUGAAAACCAGACCGAGUCGCCUCCUCCAAAACGUGCUCCGUCACCACCACACGAAUAUGUCCUGGCCGAUAAUCCGAAUAUUGCAUUCAUUGUAAUGUUCCGCGCAAGAUUCAGCGACGUUUUCCCCAAAUCGCUCCCAAACUACGGUCCGCAAGAUAUUGAGAAGGGCGUUGCAGAUACAGUUCCAGGUGAUCAAAUAGAGAGGCUGCUGUGCGCAGUGGUUGGACUUGUCCUCAACCGGAAAAAGGAUGUUGAAAGAGGUCAUUACCAACGCGCCCUCGAAGAAGCUGUGCAGACACAUCAAACCCAAUGGCCAAAGUCAUGGGCAGGCAAGAAUCCUCUCCAGGGCGGACGAAGCUUUGCGAAUAUGCCACCUGAUGAGCGCCUAUCCUUCCUGAAGACUCUGGUUCUCUGGGCCCUCUCUUCCUCCGAUGCUGUCCAGGCAAAGCUGAAGGAGAGCUAUAAACAAUCCAGGCAAGACGGUGACCGUAACCAGCCGCUCUCUGUUCAGCCAUGGGGAAGUGAUAGCUAUAAACGACGUUACUGGCUCGUUGAAGGUCGGGAUGAUACCCAUUUCAGACUAUACAGAGAGAGCAACCCGGCCCUAAAAACAAAUACAUGGUGGAGCGUUGCUGGCACAAUUGGCGAACUUUCGUCAGUUGCCACCACCCUUGGAAUGCAAAAGUCCCGUGCUGCGAAGGACCUUAGUGAGAGGAUCCGUAACAGCAUUCCUCGGUUCGAGGCGUCAGAAGAGAAAAGAAAACGCCGUGAAUACCGCCUAGCAAGGAAGGCAGCGUUUACGAAACCGGAACCUGGAUUCUCUCUCUACGAGGGUCGUACUCGUGGGAAGCGGAUGAAGUACACGUUUUCCGAUGAGGAAGACCUUUCGGACGAGCCAGACUCUAGAAAAUCAACACGACAGCAAACUCGGGGUUCCAGUCCAGGAGAACCGCAAGGCCCUACCUACACCGCUAGCGGCCGGCAAGUGAAAGCUCGGGUUGGUGGCAUAUAUGGAGAAACCAUGACUAGCCGGCAACGCGCAAAUUUGACGCAUGAAACUGGCUUUAUGAAUGGCAGACAUCAAAGAAGCACGCGCCUUAAUGGCUUAACACCAGGCAACAACGAUGACUAUAAUUCUGUGGAUGCCGUGGAGGAAGACGACGAGCCGGAUGCAGCUUCAAGUGGUCAAGAAUGGGAAGGUGGCGAUGAGAAUUCCGUUGACGAAGACGACGAUAUGAGUGAUGCGGCCUCUCUCGACGAGGAUGAUACAGUUCGACCUAGCCUAGUUGUCCAAUUGAGGUAUAAUAAAGACAAGGCGCCACCAAACCCCACAAACUCCAGCACAGCGGGAUCUGCUGAUGGCAAAACAAUGGAAGCAAAAGCACCGCAUGUGUAUGACUCUGCUUCACCCAGUAUCUUAGCCGUGCAUCUUUCAAAUCCGCCAGCAGAUUCUGCGUUCACUCCUACGAAGUUCGUGGAACCGAUCAAAUCAAUCCCAGAAAUACAUAGUCAAGAAUUAUCUGCACCUGCAGAUUACCCAGAGCUACGGCGCGACCAAAACGGAUUUCAGUAG